AUGUCUGUACCGCCGAGAGGCACGUCGCCUCAUUCGCCUCAUUCAGGCAACUCAUCUCAUUCGCCCCAGGCGAGCGAAACAAGUUUGUACGGUCCCCGCGAGGUGAGUAACAGUCCGCGAAACGACAACACAGCCCUUGGGGAGGACAAAACAGGCAUUCUAACACACCUUGUGCAGCAGCAAGCCUACGGCUACGAGGACAAAACCGAGAACGUCGACAGCCAGCAGUCCCUGCUCUACCGCAAUCAACCAAGCCCGUUUAAUGCCCCUUUCGACGACCCAUAUGCCUCGACCGAUUCCCUCCGACGCUAUACUCUACAGGAUCCGGGAGUAACCAUCUUCCCUGAUGGUCCAUACCCGGAUUCUGCGAGCGGAGUCAACCGACGCUCUGGGAUUCAAUCCCCUAUGUCUGAGACUGCGUCAGAAGCCUGGCAGAACCGACAGGCACCUGGGUCCGGACUGCGGCGGUAUGCCACAAGAAAGAUCAAGCUAGUCCAGGGCUCUGUGCUGAGUGUCGACUACCCGGUCCCAAGCGCGAUUCAGAAUGCGAUCCAAAAGGAAUAUCGGGAUUCGGAGGAGGGGUUUCCAGAGGAAUUCACCCAUCUGCGUUACACUGCGGCCACUUGUGAUCCUGAUGAGUUUACCCUGCGCAACGGAUACAAUCUGCGACCGGCCAUGUAUAAUCGACACACCGAGCUGCUGAUUGCCAUCACCUAUUACAACGAAGACAAGGUUUUGACUGCGCGUACUUUGCACGGUGUCAUGCAAAAUAUCCGUGAUAUUGUGAAUUUGAAGAAGUCAGAAUUCUGGAAUAAAGGUGGACCAGCGUGGCAAAAGAUUGUAUGCUCCCUGGUAUUCGACGGUAUCGAUCCCUGCGACAAAAACACGCUCGACAUGUUGGCCACAGUCGGCAUUUACCAAGAUGGCAUCAUGAAGCGCUCCGUCGAUGGUCGGGAAACUGUCGCGCACAUCUUCGAGUAUACCACUCAACUGUCCGUCACCGCUAACCAACAAUUGGUCCGGCCCCAAGGCAACGAGGCCAGCAACCUUCCUCCUGUUCAGAUGAUUUUCUGCCUGAAGCAGAAAAACAGCAAAAAGAUCAACUCCCACCGCUGGCUAUUUAACGGCUUUAGUCGAAUCCUUAACCCGGAAGUCGUGAUUCUGAUCGAUGCUGGAACCAAACCCGGAAAAAAAUCCCUUCUCGCCCUAUGGGAGUCCUUCUACAACGAUAAGAACUUAGGUGGCUCCUGCGGUGAGAUUCACGCAAUGCUUGGACAAGGGUGGAAAAAUUUGAUGAAUCCCCUCGUCGCCGCGCAGAAUUUCGAGUAUAAGAUCUCCAACAUUCUGGACAAACCACUAGAGAGCGCCUUCGGAUACGUUAGCGUGUUGCCUGGUGCUUUCUCGGCGUACCGCUAUCGCGCUAUUAUGGGCCGUCCCUUGGAGCAGUACUUCCACGGUGAUCAUACGCUUUCAAAGCAGUUGGGCAAGAAAGGUAUCGAGGGUAUGAACAUUUUCAAAAAGAACAUGUUCCUUGCGGAAGAUCGUAUCUUGUGUUUUGAGCUUGUGGCCAAAGCUGGGUUCAAAUGGCAUCUGACCUACGUGAAGGCGUCGAAGGGCGAGACCGAUGUGCCGGAGGGCGCAGCGGAAUUCAUCAGUCAGCGACGUCGCUGGUUGAACGGCUCAUUUGCAGCUAGUUUAUAUGCCAUGAUGCAUUUCGGACGGAUUUAUAAGAGCGGCCAUAACAUCCUACGGCUGUUCUUCUUACACAUCCAGAUGACUUAUAACUUCGCGGGUCUUGUGAUGACCUGGUUCUCUCUUGCUUCGUACUGGUUGACUACGAGUGUCAUUAUGGAUCUUGUCGGAACGCCUAGUGCCUCGAACAAAGAUAAGGGUUGGCCUUUUGGAAACGACGCCUCGCCAAUCGUGAACAACUUCCUGAAAUAUGGAUAUGUGUUCUUCUUGAUGUUACAGUUUAUUUUGGCCCUGGGAAAUCGACCUAAAGGUUCGCGUCUUGCAUACACGCUCUCCUUCGUUUACUUUAGUAUUGUUCAAGUCUACAUUCUCGUUCUCUCGUUCUACCUUGUUAAGAACGCCUUCAGUGGAGGAACACAGGAUUUCUCUCUGGACCAAGGUGUCGCCCAUUUCGUGAAGACCUUCUUCAGCUCCUCCGGGGCAGGAAUUGUCUUGAUCGCUUUGGUUUCGACUUACGGUAUCUACUUCGUCGCCAGUUUCAUGUAUAUGGAUCCUUGGCACAUGUUCACGUCCUCCUGGGCGUACUUCGCGGGCAUGACUUGUUCGAUCAAUAUUUUGAUGGUCUACGCUUUCUGUAACUGGCACGACGUUUCCUGGGGUACCAAGGGAUCGGAUAAGGGUGACUCGCUACCCGUUGCCGAGACGAAGAAGGAUGACGCCAAGUCGAACUUUAUUGAAGAAGUCGACAAGCCGCAGGCUGAUAUCGAUAGCCAGUUCGAAGCGACGGUCAAAAGGGCGCUGGAGCCAUUCGUCGUGCCCGAAGAGAAGGAUGAACGAAGCAUGGAUGAUGGCUACAAGGCUUUCCGAACCAACCUGGUGUUGAUCUGGAUCUUCAGCAAUCUAAUUCUCACAUUGUGUAUCACCAGUGAAGGAAUUACUCGUUUCUGUCUCACGAACACCUCCACCGAGCGUACCGCCAAAUAUUUCGCCGCUAUUCUGUGGACGACCGCCGGUCUGUCAAUUUUCCGCUUUAUCGGCGCGUGUUGGUUCCUGGCUAAGUCCGGCAUCUUGUGCUGUGUCUCCCGCCGCUAG